AUGCCUCGUGUGAUCGACGUCGCGCGCCUAUAUCCCGAGGACAUGCGCCGUCAGGAGGCGACGAUGGUGGUGGGAGACACACAGUCGAAGGUGCGACUGGACCCAGCUACUCCACGACAGAUCAAGUCGAUUGUGCGACGAAGCAAACAACAUGGAUCCGUUGUCGACAGCUUGAAAGCGCUGCUUUUCAAACCCAAACGCCGGAACUCGGUGCAGUUUACGGUGACGCAAACGUACGUCCUGCCACCGCGGCUGUCGGCGACCAGCAGCGACCUGUACUAUACAAAGUCCGAGCUGCGGGACAUUCAGUUGGCCGCGCGGACGGACGGCGACGACGCAAUGCGAGAGGAGAUCCCCGAAGGCACGGUCCGUGUGCAGAGUUUCUUGACGGUGCUGGUCGCGCAUCCUUCGUGGAAAGCGUCGGCUUCGUCCAGGACGUACUACGUUACCUUGAAAGACCACUCGUUGUACCUCCAUCGGUCGGCUGCGAUCGCCCAGAUCAACCAGCCCGAGUACCAACUCGACGUUGUAAAAGCCGUCGACCCCUGCGAGCCGGUCGGGCACACAUCGAUCAACCAAGAGCUGUCGCUGCAGGACAUUGCGUAUACCUUUGCGGUCGUGGACGCGCAAGAUCUGUACGCCGUGUUUGCAGCGGAUUCGACCAAGUCCAAAAGUGCGUGGCUCACGGGGCUCCAGCACAACCACCUGGCACUCCCUCGACGGCAACCGUCGCCCAUCCGUCUCUCAAAACAAAGAAGCAGUUGA